GGCUCCGCGCCGCGCCGAGCCGAGCCGAGCGGCGGCUCCUCUCGGUCCCGGGCGCGGCGAGAAGGCGGCGGCCCCGGUCCUGGCCCAGGCCCAGGCCCAGGGGGGAACCAGUCCGCGCCUGGCACGGGGGGAAGACGAUGAAGUUGUAGAAAUGCUUCCCUACGUGAUUGCCACCCUGGGCUCAGCAGGGGCCACCUGCAAAGCCUCCACCUGCAACAACAGCACCAAGGAUUACUGCUACAGUGCCCGCAUCCGCAGCACUGUGCUGCAGGGACUGCCCUUUGGCGGGGUACCCACUGUCUUAGCCCUUGACUUCAUGUGCUUUCUUGCACUGUUGUUUGUCUUUUCAAUUCUACGUAAAGUUGCUUGGGACUAUGGACGUCUAGCCCUGGUGACUGAUGCUGACAGGCGCCGACACUGGCAGACGGAGCGAGAGGAGCGGGAAUACGUGGCCUCCGCUCUACACUCUGACAACCAUGACCGCUAUGAGCGCCUCACCUCCGUCUCUAGCUCUGUGGACUUCGACCAACGGGACAAUGGUUUCUGCUCCUGGCUGACAGCCAUCUUCAGGAUAAAGGAUGAUGAGAUCCGGGACAAGUGUGGGGGCGAUGCAGUACAUUACCUCUCCUUCCAGAGGCACAUCAUCGGGCUGCUGGUGGCUGUGGGCGUCCUCUCUGUGGGCAUUGUGUUACCUGUCAACUUCUCAGGGGACUUGCUAGAAAACAACGCCUACAGCUUUGGGAGGACAACUAUUGCCAACCUGAAUUCUGGGAAUAACCUGCUGUGGCUGCACACGUCUUUCGCCUUCCUGUACCUGCUGCUGACGGUGUACAGCAUGCGCCGACACACCUCCAAGAUGCGCUACAAAGAGGAUGAUUUGGUGAAGCGAACUCUUUUCAUCAACGGGAUCUCAAAAUAUGCUGAGCCAGAGAAGAUCAAGAAGCAUUUUGAGGAGGCCUAUGCCAACUGCACUGUUCUGGAGGCUCGUCCCUGCUAUGACGUGGCCAGGCUGAUGUUCCUUGAUGCAGAAAGGAAGAAAGCUGAGCGUGGGAGAAUCUACUUCACUAAUCUGCAGAGCAAGGAGAACACCCCAUCCAUGAUCAACCCCAAGCCCUGUGGUCACCUGUGCUGCUGUGUCAUCAGGGGCUGUGAGGAGGUGGAAGCCAUUGAGUACUACACUAAGCUGGAGGAGAAACUCAAAGAUGACUACAAGCGGGAGAAGGAGAAGGUGAACGAGAAGCCUCUGGGGAUGGCCUUUGUCACCUUUCACAAUGAAACUAUUACGGCCAUAAUCCUCAAAGACUUCAAUGCUUGCAAGUGCCAGGGCUGUGCAUGCCGUGGGGAACCCCGGGCCUCCUCCUGCAGUGAGUCCCUCCAUGUCUCCAACUGGACAGUCAGCUAUGCCCCUGACCCACAGAACAUCUACUGGGAACACCUCUCAAUCCGGGGCUUCAUCUGGUGGAUCCGCUGCCUGGUUAUCAACGUGGUCCUCUUCAUCCUUCUCUUCUUCCUCACCACACCUGCUAUCAUCAUCACCACUAUGGACAAGUUCAAUGUCACAAAGCCUGUGGAGUACCUUAAUAACCCCAUCAUCACUCAGUUUUUCCCCACCCUGCUGCUGUGGUGCUUCUCUGCUCUGCUGCCCACCAUUGUGUAUUACUCUGCCUUCUUCGAAGCGCACUGGACCAGGUCUGGAGAGAAUAGGACAACCAUGCACAAAUGUUAUACCUUCCUCAUCUUCAUGGUUUUACUGCUGCCUUCACUGGGCCUGAGCAGCUUGGAUGUAUUUUUCCGCUGGUUAUUUGACAAGAAGUUCCUAGCUGAAGCUGCGGUACGAUUUGAGUGUGUGUUUCUGCCAGAUAACGGGGCCUUUUUUGUGAACUAUGUCAUCGCCUCUGCCUUCAUUGGGAAUGCCAUGGACCUGCUGCGCAUCCCUGGCUUGCUCAUGUAUAUGAUACGCCUAUGCCUGGCCCGCUCAGCUGCUGAACGGCGAAAUGUCAAGCGACACCAGGCUUAUGAGUUUCAGUUUGGGGCCGCUUAUGCCUGGAUGAUGUGUGUCUUCACUGUGGUCAUGACGUAUAGCAUCACCUGUCCCAUCAUUGUCCCCUUUGGGCUCAUGUAUAUGCUGCUUAAGCACUUGGUAGACCGGUACAACCUGUAUUAUGCCUACCUGCCUGCCAAGCUGGACAAGAAAAUCCAUUCGGGGGCCGUGAACCAGGUUGUUGCAGCCCCUAUCCUCUGCCUCUUCUGGCUUCUCUUCUUCUCCACCAUGCGCACAGGGUUCCUGGCCCCGACUUCCAUGUUCACCUUUGUGGUCCUUGUGAUCACCAUUGUGAUCUGCCUUUGUCAUGUUUGCUUUGGGCACUUCAAGUAUCUCAGUGCUCACAACUACAAGAUUGACCACACAGAGGUGGAUGCUAUAGAAAGCAGGCAGAAUGGGAGACCUGCCACCAACCUGCCAGCUCCCAAAUCCACACAGAAGUACAUCGCCCAAGUGCUGCAGGACUCCUCACCGGAGGGCGAAGCAACCGAGUCCGAAGAGCAGGGGUCCCAGGAUGAAGAGCUCAUCAACGCAGAUGGCAUGAACGACACAGAUUUCCAGUCGUGUGAGGACAGCCUGAUAGAGAAUGAGAUCCACCAGUAGGGACCUCAAAAGGAGGGAGGAGAAAGAGUCCCAGGCACCAGGCAGGCUGCUGAACACUGAGACAGAGAAAAAUUGAAUGAAGCGAGCAGGCAGGGAGGGUGCCAGAUGCUGCUGUUGCCCACCCCCAGGGCCACUACCUUCAGUGAGGGCAGGGGCAUUGAGGCUCUCCAUUUCUCUGCCCCACCACCUCUGCCACUGCUCCUUCAGGCGCUUGGCUGGGCAGCUGCAAGGGACAUGCUCAUUACUAGCCACCUUCUUUUAACACAUAUUCAGACCACAGAACCCCAGGGGCUGGGAAGGAAGGUGACUUUGACCCCUGCUGAGCUUCUUUGGUGAACCAGGAGGACCCAAGAGAGCAGGAAAAUUGGGUGCUUUGUGGGGACGGGUUGAACAUUGGGGGUAAGGGGAACCUUCAGGCACCCUUGGGACUCUAGGGAAGGCCCCUCUGUCCUCCAUCCUCCUGAUGAGAAACAGGAACACUAAUAACUUAUUAGAUUUACAGGCAAGCAACAAACAAAGCUUUAACCAACAUAUUGGCAGUCUCCAUUAGUGAAGAGCUGGGGAAGGGGGGUGGCUUUGGGUCACUAGGGAGCUGUUGUGUCUGCAGAGCUGUCAUCUCUUCUCUCCAUGGCCACGUGGGCCAUUGCUCAGCAUCUGGCCAUGCCCUGCACCUAUCCCUGCAUCCCUUAGCCCUAGGUGGGGAAUUGGUGUCACCCACCAAAAGCAAGGCUAGAGCAAUGUGCUGAGUGGUUGGGCAGCCCCAUGCAGGGUGAGAGGUGCUGAGGGCAUUUUUCACAGCUAGGAGGAGGCAUAGGCAGCUUCUCUCCAAGGUGAUGCCCCUUGCCCCUCCCAAGGCUCACAGCUGGAGGUAUGCCACAUCCUUUUAAGUAGCAUUUUUUUGCACAUUUUUGCUCCCCUUUCAAACAAAAAUCAACCUGACCCCUGCCUCCUACCCAGCCCCCUGUGCUGCCCUGUGUCUGCCCAGCCACACUGGGCACAGGGAGGACUGGGUUGUGGGGGGUCUCCUGGGUGCUAUGGAGAGGGGAGAAUGGGCCUGGACCACAGAGCCCUUGGCACAUGCAGAGUUGGCAUUGCGUGGUUGACACUGGGCUGCUGCCUUCCCUGCCACCUGCAAGUCUCUGCUCAAUGCAGUAGGAGGUCAGAGAGGGAAGGAGCCCUCUCCCAGUAAGCCCACCAUUUUCAUGAGGGCAAGGGCCUCAUGGGCCUGUGCUGGCUAUAUUUAUAAGCUUCACCUCUGUGGGCUGGACAUAGGCUCACCUGGCCUCACCCAACCCGAGAGGGGGAAGUCAUUCUUUUCCAGUCUCUGCCCUUGCUGCCCUCCCUGGUGAUGGGCAUGUCCCAAAGGCAAGGAGGGGACAGGAGGGAUGUGAGAGGGGCCCUGGGCCAGGGGCAGGCCCAAGACCUGCAGGUAGGAGACGUAGACUGAAGACCCUGGUGCACGCAGGGAGACUUGACCCUAUUUGAAGGUUCUUGUGAGGAUGUUUUUGGUCAGGAUCAGUUGCCCUCAGUUGCUUCCUCCUCUCCCCUUGUGUAAAAUGUAAAGGAAAAUAAAUUUCCCUGCUAUUGAACUGUAUUUAUUUCCCUGAAUCCUCUGCCACCACCUUGUUUGGUGCUCAUUGCUGAUGUUUGCCUGUCUUCUGAGGGCUGCUCUGCCUCCAGCUUGCUGGAGCGGUGCCUGGUGCCCUGUGGGGUCUCCUAGGGCUGCGGGGAAGGGGACAGUCUUUUACUGUUUUAUUCACCAUUUCUGGCCCUGGAGCUCAAAGCACUUUAUAGACUCAACUGACCGAAGAUUCAGCCCUUCCAGUUCUGCUCUGGGGAAGGGCAGUCACAACUGAUUGCUUCUUUUCUCCCCCUUUCCCCUGCCAGAGGAGGGGAUCCUGAGGCACAGAGCAGGUACAGGGCUUAUCCCAUGUCACAUGGCUCUGGGAAGGAUGUAGCUGUCUUUUCCAUACACCUCUCUAAUAGGAAUUCCAGGCCCGGGGGAACUAGGGGGCAGAGGGGAGGAGACAUGAGUUUUGGAGGCAGGGAGAGGGGAGGCUGGCCCCGAGCAGCCGCACUGGGGCUGAAAAGGGUGCAGGGUGUGGAAAGGCAUGUUGAUUGUCACCCAUCCCCUCCUGGGACAGGCUAGAAAUGAAAUCAGCAUGUGCGAUGAGAGCUCCCAGCAUGGUCCCAGGCUGGAGCGGGGAGGAUGUUGAUCCUGCUUCCAUAUUUCCGAACCCAUCUAGCACCCUUCUCUCCCCACCCCCACAUGGCAGGCUGGCUGGGAUGGCUCCAGGCUCUGUACGCACAGUUGCAGCCCCAGGGCUGCCUCUGUGGCUGUCGAGGUGGUGGCCAGGCUCUUCCCACGGAGACCUGUGUUCUGAUUGGCACUGUCUGUGUAGAGAUGUGUAUAAUACCCUGUAUAUAUUUGUGUACAAAAGAAAAA